AUGGGGUCACCAACAAAGGGGCCACCUUUAGCGUCUGCUGAUCCUGGCGUGGGGCCAAAGACCGAGAAGGCAGGACUAGUGUUCACUCCGGUGCGAAUCUCGUCCGCAGGUCGAGUCAUCCCCAGGCGUUGGGUCCCCGCGUUGGAAUCAAAAUCUUCGUCCGGCAUUCCAUCCCCUGGUGGUCAAAUGAUGUCUCAGCCUGCUUCCCUCGCACGUGCAGAGGCACCUGCCAAGCGGUCCCUUGGAACAAGCGCGGCGCCUGCCCUCCGGUAUGACUUAACCGGAUUGGUUGACGUUGGGGGCUAUCCGGACGAUCGUGAGACCACCAGUUUGGAAUCCGAGUACCUGGCUGGUGUAUCUGCCACGCAUUCAGUGCCAUCAAACCCAUCAACCCGUCACACCCGCCAUCAGGACCUAGUUAACGUGCCCACUCCGAGCGCGCAGGACCAAGUCAGCGAGGCCACCCCUGGAUCUUGCCCCUUGCCGCAGGCCCUGGGCCGCGAGCGCACAUCUGACAGCGGUCUCUCUGUCUUGCAAGUCCCCGCAGUCCCCGCGGUUGGCCCCCCGGCCGGAAAUUGCCACCCCUCCACUUCAUCCACGCCGUUGGCCAAGGAUUCCGUCCAAAAUGCGGCUGGCGAGGAUGAUAUGACCGACGAUUUGUCUGACAACUCCGAAGAUGACUCUGAGCCUUCGCAUUCUGCUGUGUUGCGGUCGAAGGUUGUGCCCACCCAGGAGAUCUGA